GUCACGAAGGGGGAGAGUGACCGAGGGCCACUACGGCCACCACAGCUCCUCCAGCCUGCUGGUGCCCCACUGCAUUCGGCUGCCACUCAUUCUGCGCCACCAGGUCAGGAAUCCUAGUUCAAGCAAAACCUCCUGACUGGGCAAGGGCAGGGCUCGGCCCCCUGAAAGCUGCCAGGACCUGGGAUUUGGGCAGAAGUGGGCCAGAGCUUCAGCAGAGCAGGAGGGUAAUGGAAGUUAAUGCUUUAAAGAGCUGCCUUCCACCAGCCGCAUGAGCACAGAGGCUCCGCUCAGCGUCUUUUCUCUUUCCAGCGUCUUCUGGACGAGGAGCCAGGCUCUCCGCCCUUGAUUGGAGAAAAGAGGCCCUGAUGUCAUCCCCAGCAUCAGCCGUCUGUCUGCCACCAGCACGGGAGGCGUCUCAGCAGCCCCCUCCCAGGGGCCUUCUUUCUCGGCUUACGGAAUGGAGGGAAAAGCGUGAACAUCGAGAAACAGCAGGCAAGCGACCCCCAGGCCUAGCGAAGAGCACGAUGACCCAUACAUCAGUCGCGAGGGGUUCUCGAAGUAAAAUCUAUCUCAGUCGCUUACAUCAGAUGUGCUCCAGUGCCGCUGCUAACAUGGAGUUCUCCAGGAGACUGUUGGAGAGAAGCGGCCAGUUUGCAGACGCGGACUCGGAGAGCAGAACCCGAGGGCUGCUGGACCACGUGUUCCCCAGUGGACACAGGCAGCGUGGAGAGCAGCCCCAGGAGAGGAUGGGGCGCCCCCGGCCGGCGGGUCUGGGGCCUCGGCCAGGAGUCCAGCCUCCCCUCAGCUUCCUGAGAUGCGACAGCCUGGCCAGUGGGACAAAAGAUUCCAAUCAAAGGACAAGAGGACACCACACAGCCCUAGGCGGCAUGAUUAAUUUACCAGAACACACGAGGGGUGAACCUGCCUCUCCAGAGAUGACCACAGCCCCAGGGACCACAGCACCCCUGACCCUGGAGCAAGCCAUUCAGAUGCACCGUGUUGUGGAGGCUAAGACGGCAAGUCGAUAUUGGACUAACUACGUGGAUUAAGAAUGAGACUAUAGUAUCCUAUUUAGAUGAAAAGAAUGAAGAAAUGUUGAAACUCCCAAAGAAAUAAUUAAAUGGCAGAUUUCUGCUUCUUUAAUUCAAAAUUAUGAAAACAAUGAUGACCCCAGCAAGUAUAUAAUAAUAUAUUUAUUAGAAAUGUGACAUUUUCAUGCAGAAACCCAGAACCAUGAAUGAGAACCAGUAGAAAUAAGAGUCAGCAGAAUUAUGUUCACAAAAAAUCAAGAUAAUGGAAGUUAGCAGAUGUAGAAAUACAAUAAUAUGAUUAAUAUGGUCAAAUAAACUUUACAAAGAAAUUUUAAAUUACUAAUAAAGAGUAGACUAUGAAAAUGGAUGAAACGUUUGAAAGAACUGCAAUUUUUAGAGUGGAAAACAUAGUAAGUAAAAGUAUUUAACAAGUGGGUUAAAGAGUAGAUUAGGCAUACGUGAAGAUAGAAUUAGUGAACUAUGUAGAUCAAGGGGAAUUAUACAGAAUAUAGCACAGAGAAACAGAGUGAUGGAAUACAUAACAAAGAAAUAAAGAGAUAUAGAGGGUAGAGUAAGAAAGUGCAACAUACAUUUAAACACAGUUCCAGGAAGAGUAAUCAAGAGAAUGAAGAAGCAGUAUUAGAAGAAAAAAUUCUAAAAUGCCAGAACUGAUGAAAGACACCAAUCCUCAGAUUAAGGGAUCUCAAAAAACCACAAGAGCAAUAGAAUAAAAAAACAAAACAAAACAAAAACCAAAAAACUAAACACCAAAUGUAAGGUGAAGUCCUUUAAAGAAGCCAGAGAGAAAAGACAAGUCACCUACAAAAGAAAAGCAAUUUGAAACCCAGACGACAUUUCUAUAGAAACAGUCAACAAAUCCUAGGAAAGCUAUUUUAGUAAAAAGAAAUAGAAAAAGCAAAUAGUCCUACAAUUAUUAAAUGAAUUGAAUCCAUAAUUUAAAAACCUUCCCACAAAGAAAAUAAGAAAAACUCUAGGCCCAUAUGGUUUCACUGGUGAAUUUCAAACAAAUAGUUAGGGAAAAAGUAAUGUCAUCUUUUCUAAGUAAAUUCUUCCAGAAAUAGAAAAAGAGGGCAUAUCUCCUCUUUCUUUUUGUAAUGCCUGCGUAAUCUAAAAGGAAAAAACAGUCUGAUCUCACUCAGGAAUGUAGUUGCAAAAUUUUAAAACAAAAUAUUAACAAACUGAACUCUAAUAUUUUGUUCAUUUCACUAAUUUCUGCUCAUAAUGAAAAUAUAGCAAUUCCAAAUAAAAAGGAAAAAUUUAAAUCUGGCAAUGUGUUUUUAAAAAUAUUUGUAAGUAAACAAUGUACUGGGAUUCCCUUCGUGUCUCAGCAGUUAACGUACCCGACUAG